GACGAUCUUUGGCGCGCCUAACAUGCGCGCAACUCUUGGAGGAGGGAAAAAAAUGGCAGCUGGCGAUUAGCAGACAAACAUCUUCUUCAACAUUCUUCCAUCGGACACACGGACCCUGACGUGUCAAGUUGAGCAUCAAACGUCCAUCACCAGGCAUCAUGGGAAAAACACUCCUUAAAGAUCAAAGGGAGGGCAAAAAGGACAAAGCAGAAGUAACCAAAGAGUCCUUCACUUGGGAAGAAUAUCUUAAAGAGACGUCGUCCACGCCGGCGCCACCCAGCUGCUUUCGUCAGGCCACAGUUCCGCCCUCCAACGACUUCAAAGUGGGCAUGAAAGUGGAAGCCCACGACCCGCGCAACGCCACCUCCGUGUGCAUCGCCAGCGUGAUGGGCCUGACGGGGGUGCGCCUGCGACUGCGCCUGGACGGCAGCGACAACAGCAACGACUUCUGGCGCCUGGUGGACUCCUCCGACAUCCAGCCUAUCGGCACCUGCGAGAAGAACGGAGACAUGCUGCAACCGCCGCUGGGAUUUCGCAUGAACGCCUCAUCGUGGCCCAUGUUCCUCCUGAGAACCUUGAACGGAGCGGAGAUGGCUCCAGGGACAGCCUUCAAAAAGGAGCCCCCCGGACCCCCCCAGAACCACUUCAAGCCGGGCAUGAAGCUGGAGGCCGUGGACAAGAAGAACCCGCACCUCAUCUGCCCCGCCACCAUCGGCGAGGUGAAGGGCGAGGAAGUCUUCGUCACGUUCGACGGCUGGAGGGGCGCCUUCGACUACUGGUGCAAGUACGACUCGCGGGACAUCUUCCCCGUGGGCUGGUGCUCGCUGACCAAGCACAGCCUGCAGACCCCCGGCAACAGUGUCACGCUGCCCAAGAACGUGCCAGUUGUGUCUCCGUCGUCACCCUCCAAGCCCAGCAGGCGGUCCCUGCAGGCCCCCUACAGACUCCCCAACCCGCUGCCCCAGCUGCCCGUCAGGAAGGGCGUACGGGGUCGCCGGCCCAAGAGCGAGACCCUGGCCCUCCUCAAAGCCGUAGCCGAGGCGGCGGCGGCGGCGGCCCAAGGCGACGCCCAGCCGGUGCCUCGGCCGCACAAAAAGAGGGGCCCCAAACCAGGAAGCAAGAGAAAGCCCAAGGUUCUCCUAAGGUCGUCGCAUCCAGUCCAGGUCCCACGCGGGAUCCCCGCCAGCUCGCCGUCUGCCGUCUCAACAGGUGCAGGUGGAGUCCGCUCCCGGCGACCAUGCCCCCCGUCUCACCUUGCCUUCCCUGUCUCAGUGUGCGUCUACGUGGACAAGCGCGGGAGCUGCGGCCCGCACUUGGACCGCAAGCAAGUGCAGCAUCUGCCGGACCACUUCGGCCCGGGGCCCGCCAACGCCGUACUGCAGCAGGCGGUCCAGUCCUGCUUGGACUGCGCCUACCAGCCCAAGGUCCUGCUGGGCGCCCUGCACACGCACUCGGGGGGCGGCGAGGUGGUCAGAGUGAGGACCGACGGGGGGGUCCGCCUGGUCAAACUCCCCUCCGCCGCCAGCGCCGCCUUCGUGCUGCGCUUCUUGGAGACCGUGUGUCGUCACCUGCAGUGUGACAACCUGUUCAGCAGCCAGCCCUGCAGCCAUUACGACCACUACCACAGGACCAAGUCAGUGAAAGAGGAGGCGCUGGACACGUCGUUGCUGGCUCGGGUCGGCAAGCGAAGCCUCGCCGGGGUGUCGCCGCCAUACGCCGCGCCGCUCUCUCCCAAACAUGUACGCACCGACGCCCACCCUUCAGAAGCCGAGACGCUGCCCCACCAAGACAGCGUCCUCAUGAAGGAGCAACGCUACAUGGACUCCGCCUCCAACUCCAUGACCCCGCGACCCCAGAUGCAGCGCAGUUGUUCCGAGUACCGCCCCCCAACUGCGGGCGGCGCUGUGGCCCCUGUCCGCCGCCACUCUUCCAACCCCGCCUCCACGCCGCUGCUCAGAAGAGUCGAAGCCAGCUCUACCACAGGGCCCGACAGCAGCCCCCCAGCACCAGACCCCGGGAAGAAGCCUUCAUGCUGGUCCAUCCAGGACGUGAUGCACUUUGUCAGGCACGCUGACCCUGCUACUUUGGCACCACACGCGGAAUUGUUCCGCAAACACGAGAUUGACGGCAAGGCGCUCCUCCUCCUGCGUAGUGACAUGAUGAUGAAGUACAUGGGUCUGAAGCUUGGCCCCGCCCUCAAACUGUGUCACCACAUCGACAGGCUGAAGCAGGGCAAGGUGUGACACACACAAGGUCACAUGACCGACACACGGGUCACAUGACCAGCACACGGGUCACAUGACCGGCACACGGGUCACGUGACUGGACGCAUGACCGCAGCCCGCCGAGCCCAAGAAGAGGAAGGAAGACGUUUCCAUGGUUACCUCUCCAAGAUGAUGUUUCUUCUUCUUCUUGCGGUGAUUGAUGUUGUACAGCGACAGGGAGAGAUGGUCACGUGAUGACUUUCACUUCCUGUUUGAAGAAGGAACGUCUCUGACCUCGUGAGCUUCCUCCUCGCCUCGUGCACUUCCUGCUGCCUCCAGCAGAUGGCAGCACAGAUACUUUGGACUUUUUACACAACUCCAGCUUAAAGCUCAUUUCUCAUUAUUAUUAUUUUUCAUGAAAUAAAAGUACAUUAAUAUUAUUACUAAUGAAAUUAAAGUACAUGAUUAUUAGUAUUAUUAAUGAAAUAAAAGUACAUUGUUGUUAUUAAUGAAAUAAAAUUAUCUUAUUAUUGUUAAUUAAAAUGACAUUAUUAUUAAUUAAAUACAAGUACAUUAAUAUUAAUGAAAUAAAAGUACUUUAUUAUUAAUUAAAUAAAAGUACUUUAUUAUUAUUAAUAAAAUAAAAGUGCAUUAUUAAUUAAAUAAAAGUACUUUAUUAUUCAUAAAAAUAAAAGUACAUUGUUAUUAAUGAAAUACAAUAUUAUUUUAAGUAAAUAAAAUUACAUUAUUAAUGAAAUAAAAGUACAUGAUUAUUAUUAAUGAAAAUAGUGCAAUAUUACUAAUGAAAUACAAUUACAUUAUUGUUAUUAAUCAAAUAAAAGUACAUUAAUGAAAUAAAAGUACAUGAUUAUUAUAACUGAAAUAAAAUUAAAUUAUUAUUAAUGAAAUAAAAUUACAUUAAUAUUAAUGAAAUAAAAGUAUAUUAUUAUUAUUAUUAUUUGUAUUUCUGAGGUGUAAAUUAAAAUACAAAUGGUUUGAAACGCUUUCAUUCUAAAAUAACAAUAAAUCUUCUUCCCAUCCAAAAGGUAUUUUCAAUGAAAAGUAAAAGUGUUUAAAAGCCAAACAAAAGUGAUGAUUUUUAACGACAUUUUCUUCGUAUUUGUUGAUAAUGUUUGUUUGCUCCUGUUCACAUGUCAGCUGAGGUGAAAACAAACAUUGAACAUUUCCCGUAAAUGGAAGAUGAAAUAAAUGCAUUUUAAUUCAAAUGUAUUAAAUUAUUCUUGGAAUAAAAACUUUUGUGUCAAGUCAUUAUUUCAACAAAGUGUUGAUUUGUUUCCUUGCAGGUGAAAAUGUGUCAAUCAUAUUCAACUUUGACCUUUUCAAC